AUGAAGGACACGUCCUUUUUUUCACGCGGGGUUAUCACUCCGAAACGCUACCAGCAUGGACUACUAGGGGUGUCAACAUGUGUCAACCUACCACAUCCUGCCCCGGUUUUGAGGCGUUUGGUCUCGACCCACACUCACACCCUUCCAUGCUCGGCGCUAGCCAUUGGCUCGAGCAUCGCUCCUUCAGCGAUGUGGGCGACGGAAGGCAUCUACCCCACCGCCGAUGGCUGGAUACCUCCUGCAUGGCCCAGCAACGAGGAGAUCAUUGCCAAGGAGGACCUAGAGAGGGCCAAGGUCAAAAAAAGCCUGGUGAAGCGAACAGCCAUUGUAAAGGGCAAGCACAUUGAAACAGUGCUCAGCGUUGAUUUCAUGAACAAAUGGCGCUUUUCGCUGAUGGUUUGGCCUUUGAAGGAAAGCUCCAAGCUUUCAGGCCGUGGUGACAAUCGCAGCUACGUGUGCUGGGUGUACUACGAGCAGCAAGAUGAGCAAUCUGUUCUGAGAGCGUUCAACAAUGUGGAAGUAAAGCUCAAGGACAGCGAGCGUGAGGCAGUUGAUCCUGAAACGAGCAUCAAGAACGAGGAGACCCUCCUGCGCGCUAAGGAUCAAAUUUGCUUCUUCAGCAUGUACGAGUGGGACGCAUUGACCGCUGACUAA